AAGGAGCGCCAUGCUGGGGGAACCCUGAGGGUGGGGGCGGAGGAGAAGAAGGUGGAGUCGGCGUCGCCGCCAUGCAGAGGACAAGAGAACAUGAUGGAGAGAGAAACAAGAAGAACACUGCCAAGCUCGCUGCUUCAAUCAUCAGCGUGCUGCUACUGCUGCUGUGUUGUUCCUCCCUCCUUCGUAGCGGAGGAGGGAGGAUGGAGCUUGGAAUGUUGGGCAAGCAGGAAAGCUUGAGGGAGCCUUUGGUACGAUCGCGCAGAGCAAGACAAUCGGAACUCGUACAGAAACCCCGAGGUUUCUAUCAGGGAAUGGCGAGCGGUCUAGAGGGGAUCCUUCAUAAACUGAAGCAGAUGGAUUUGGGAUCGGAGGUGAAGCAGCAUCAGCGCGACGCGGCGAAGGAGCAAGUUUCUCAACAAAAGGAGCUUCUGGAUUUAGCGUCAACGAUGAACAGCGAGAAGGGGAAGUCGUCAGCAAAGAGCAUCCUCCGAAACCUGCAGAAAGAACUGUUUGCCAGUAUCGACGUCAAGUCGCAAGCGCGAAGGCGGAUACGAUCAAGACAACUCCCUCCCUCACCUCCUGCGAGGCCGGCGAGCGAGAGAGAGGGACGGCAGGCGGUCAAGCAGGUUGGUCGUGGGGAUGAAGGCGAACAUAGCGGAAGGCAUCCGACGCAAGAAGUCGCCAGUAGGAAGCAGAAGCAAAAUCUGAGGGUUGAACCCCGAGCUGCUGCUGCUCCCCGGGAAUCGAAGCUCUCUAAGAAGGCUGAGAUCAAGCAGGAGCUGGAAGAUGCUCAGG